AUUAAUUUUUUGAAGUGUGUAUUGUUCGUGGCGCACGGGCGCCCUGUUGGGCAGCUUCACAAGCUCGAACGCGGCCAUGUUGUUCGCAGGACCGACGCGAGUUUAGCGCAAGGAGGGGGGCCUGCCACAGUAUGAGGGUUUUCUUUUUUGUUUGCUUUAAGUCAUUAGGUUGUCCGGUAUCAUGUAGAUAUUAGUUUUGUUACACACUCCUUUUCUUUCUUUGUUUAUAUAUAUAUAUAUAUAUGUUGCAUUCCUUUGGACAUUUUCUGCGUCAGUCGCCACUGUUUUUCUUUUUCUUUUUUUUUUUUUGUAUUCCUUUUCCACAAACCAGGAUCAUCCGCAUACUGUGUCCUUACGGGUAGUCCGGAGUGUAACGGAGAUGGGGGAGGCAGUGAUUUCCAGCUUGAAUUAACAUAUAAUAAUCUAUCGAAGAGUUCGCGUUCACAUUCUGGUUGAAUUGUAUGCAUUUAAUUAACAAGAAGACGAAGAUCAAAGACACGUAUGUAACGCGUCCAGGCAAGGUUGAAGCUCCCUGAAACGCGCAACUGCAAGCUUUGAGGAUGGGUUGCGUGAAGAGUAAAGACGACAAAGGUUCUGCAGUUAAAUACAGACAUGAAAACAUGCAAGACUCUAUCAGUGCGCAUGUUGGUCAUUAUGGACCAGACCCCACUCAAAUAAACCAGUCUCCUGCCUCUAAGGGACCCACUUCAAACUAUAAUAAUCAUUCCAUAGCACCCUUUGGUGGGUCUUCUAUUAUGACACCCUUUGGAGGGGCAUCUUCAUCUUUUCCUGUGGUAACAAAUCCUUUCCCUGGUGUUGCUACAGGUGGAGUUACCAUUUUUGUGGCCUUAUAUGACUAUGAAGCGAGAACAACUGAUGAUUUAUCAUUCAAGAAAGGGGAAAGAUUUCAAAUCAUCAAUAACACGGAGGGAGACUGGUGGGAAGCUCGUUCCAUCAAUACAGGGAAAAAAGGAUACAUUCCUAGUAAUUAUGUUGCUCCUGCUGACUCCAUACAGGCUGAAGAGUGGUACUUUGGGAAAAUGGGACGCAAAGAUGCUGAACGGCUGCUUUUAAAUCCAGGGAACCAGCGUGGAACUUUCUUGGCAAGAGAGAGUGAAACUACUAAAGGUGCUUAUUCACUCUCAAUUCGAGACUGGGAUGAAGUGAAAGGUGACAAUGUAAAACACUACAAAAUCCGAAAACUUGAUAAUGGUGGUUAUUAUAUUACAACAAGGGCUCAAUUUGAAACACUCCAAAAACUGGUGAAACAUUACACAGAACAUGCAGAUGGUUUAUGCCACAGACUAACAACUGUGUGUCCAACUGUUAAGCCACAAACACAGGGACUGGCUAAAGAUGCUUGGGAAAUACCUAGAGAAUCACUAAGAUUAGAAGUGAAACUUGGACAAGGAUGCUUUGGUGAAGUAUGGAUGGGUACAUGGAAUGGAACAACAAAAGUUGCAAUUAAGACAUUAAAACCUGGCACUAUGUCACCAGAGGCUUUCCUUCAAGAAGCCCAAAUUAUGAAAAAGCUUCGUCAUGACAAACUGGUACCUCUAUAUGCUGUGGUUUCUGAAGAGCCCAUCUAUAUUGUUACUGAAUAUAUGGCAAAAGGUAGUUUACUAGACUUCCUUAAAGAAGGUGAGGGAAAACACCUAAAACUACCACAACUGGUGGAUAUGGCUGCACAGAUUGCAGAUGGAAUGGCUUUUAUUGAGAGGAUGAACUAUAUUCAUAGAGACCUGCGAGCUGCCAACAUUCUUGUUGGUGACAAUCUUGUUUGCAAGAUUGCCGAUUUUGGAUUGGCAAGAUUAAUUGAAGAUAAUGAAUAUACUGCUAGACAAGGAGCAAAAUUCCCUAUCAAAUGGACAGCGCCAGAAGCUGCAUUAUAUGGUCGAUUCACAAUUAAAUCCGAUGUAUGGUCUUUUGGCAUUCUUUUGACAGAGCUGGUUACCAAAGGAAGAGUUCCAUAUCCAGGCAUGGUCAACAGAGAAGUACUUGAACAGGUGGAACGAGGUUACAGAAUGCCUUGUCCUCAAGGCUGCCCAGAGUCACUCCAUGAGAUGAUGAAAUUGUGUUGGAAAAAGGAGCCAGAUGAAAGACCAACAUUUGAGUAUCUUCAGUCCUUCUUAGAAGAUUAUUUCACAGCUACAGAACCACAGUAUCAGCCUGGAGAUAACUUAUAAGUUUCUUAGACAAAAUGACAUUGCAGUGCACAUUCUGCAAGUCACUUCAUGUGAAAAAACUGGAAUUCCAGUUUUAGUUGCACAAACCACUUUUAUAAGUUUGCUCUGAAAGCUAAUCCUGGAAAUCCACUAGUAUGAUUAUUGGGGAUACUUUUUGUAUUAAUUUUAUAAAACUGACUUGCCAUCAUUUAUUAAAGGUGACCAAGGCUUGGCUUUGUUUUAAAGGAUAUCCUCCUGUUACUGGACUGAUCUGCAGAUCACUUUUUACAUGUCAUAACAGAUGUCUGAAUUUUCCGUAUUUAUUGUGCUGGAUGAAAUUUAAACUUUGAAAGACAUGAAAAAUUUUGAACAUUGUCUCUUCUUGUUCUUUUUUGUUUUUCCUCUACAAUUCUUAGGUUCAUUUGAUCAACUAAGCUGCAUGCACUGUUUUUUUAUUUUUUAUUUGAUCAUUAAAACUGGAAAUACAAGGUGUUAAA